AUGGUUACAUCCCUCACAAAGAGCUUCAGCGGAUAUGCGGAUGUUAUGGGCGGCAGUGCCGCGCCUAAUCCUUCCUCGCCGUUGUAUUCGGAACUGAAACCGCUCUUUCAAAAGUACUACCAUAACGACCUCUUCUCUGGCGACGCCGAAAUCCUACUCCAUAAUAGCGAAGACUACCUGCACCGCUCCGAGAUUCUUAACGACAACGCCGCUCUUUUAGUCAACUACCUACAGUCGCUAAUAUCCGACCCUAAGAGCAGCGUAAACCAGAUUUACUACCCAACCGCCUCCCCAACACUGUCAAACUACGACGCCUACAAGCGUCUAUUAACCCCUGACUUUCAACCCGGCUACGGUUGCCUCUUCAGCGUCGAGCUCGACAAUGUCGGAUCUACAAUCGCCUUCUACAAUAACCUACAUGUCCACGAUGGACCACAUUUGGGUGCUCACAGGACUCUUGCACUGCCUUAUGUCAAGGGUUUGUACGAUGAUGAGUUGGAGAAAAUGAAGAAGUACAGACUGGAGGAGACACAAAUUAGGAUUUCAGUGGGUUUAGAGAACUCAUAA